CAACAAGUUACGCUAUUGGCUAGACGUCCAGGGCGAUCCCCUGAUACUGAUUUGAGCAGUCGUUCACCGACGGCGCGGAUCUCCACAAGGGUUUUCCAGCACAAUGGGGUUUGCCCUAGAGCAGUCCACAUCAUUGCAUGUGAUUACCUUUUCUGCGUGAGUCAUCCAGUUGUAGCUACUUGAGAAGUGGGACUCCAGUUUUCAAUGUGAGGCUAUGGUGGAAUUGAGUACACUUCCAGUAUACAAAAGUAAUGUUUUUUAAUGAUCUGUUUAUAAAAGCUAUAGGGUGUCUGAUAGCUCAGACUAAUAUAAUAAGUCAAGAAUAGGCUACUUACAUUUGAAAUGACUUGUAUCGAUCUUUACUGACCAUCCUACCUUCAUUGAUAGCCUGGCUAGCUAUGCACACGUUGGCACAUGUAACCUUUAUUUAACUAGGCAAUUCGAUUAUUUACAAUGACGGCCUACACCAGUCAAACCCGGACGACGCUGGGCCAAUUGUGCACCGUAAAUCCCAAUCACACCCGGUUGUGAUACAGCCUGCAUUCGAAUCAGUGUAUCUUUAGUUACGCCUCUAGCACUGACAUGACAUGGAAUACAAGGAAUGGAGUGGAAUAUUAGCUAAACAGACUGGCAACCACCCACUGGGCACACACUGGUUGAAUCAACAUUGUUUCCACGCCAUUUCAACUGACGCAGUAGGAAGGAGAACUUCCAACAAAUGCAUCUGUGAGAGAGAGAACAGAACUCAUACUCCGCCUGUCCUGCAUCAAUGUCAGACUGACCUAUAUCCAUUACUAACACCUAUUACCUGCAGACAGUGGCUAUUGUCCGGUAGGUCUCUAUUGUCAAAUCGUGUGAGUAGUAGGCUAGACCUAAAUAAUACCUUCUUUCCGUGAAGUCAAGGAACAAACCAUUCCAUUCCAGAAUUCUCCCCUGAAAACACUGUUCUAAGAACCACCUCUACAUACAUUCUUAUUCAACUUUCCUUUCUGUCUUAUGCAGGAGAACUGGGGGCUGAGCUGUACCAUGGCAACAGUCAGGCUGAAUGCCAGUUGAGGGGCAUAAUGAGUACCCCUCUGGCCUCUCCUCCACUACAUCCCUCCCUCCCUCUCUUCUACGGCACUCUCAAUGCAAUUCCACACAAUCACACUCCUUGGGAGGUCCUGCGUCUUUUCCAGGCAACUGAAGCAACAGUGUGCCAAAUCACUCCACCAGCCAGUCACUCACCCUCAGCGAAGACUAGGCACAUGAUAGUAGAACCCCAUAUUAACCUUAGCAAAGGACAAGCCAAUCCAGACCCAUUACAUUAGACUAGAUGUCGACUGGUGACGUUCUAACGGGUCAGAAUGACUGGGCCUAGCUGUGGUGAUUAAUAAACUACAUUUUUCAUACACAUUUCAAAAAGUGUAGUUGAGGUUGGUGUUUAUUUGGUAUUUUUUACAAAGUGUUUUCAACAAACCACUCGACCACUCUAAAAUGACAUGCGUGUGUGCAUGCAUGUGUGUGUAUGUGUACACACUCCCAUGAGUGUGACUGUCUGUGGGAAAGGGAAAAGGAAAACAUUUGUUAAUUAAUUCCUCCAACAGUUCCUUUAUAGCACACACAUAUUGGUCCCUGGGCAGAAAUGCUCAGCUGCAUCAGGCACUCGGCAAGCCCAGGGGGCACGGACUAUAGAGCAUGGAGUCCAGGGACAGGUUAGCCGCAUACCUGCUGAUUCCCCAAGCAGCUACAAGUAUCUUGUUGCAAUCCCCCCACACCUCCCACCCCUCCUCCUUUGUCUGUGACAGCCUUUAGGGAACCAGAGGAGUCGCUAGCGCUAAUUGAUGAUACAGUGGGCACCUCUGGAUAAGAUCAACUGACUAUUGGCAAAAAGUGGCAUUCCUUAUAUAACAUGUUUAGAUGUAAUAAGUCCACACGUUUAAUUUGACUAGACUUGAACAAUAAAUAUGACUGUUUUUUAUCAGGAAAUUAACCUUCAAUAAAAUUUUAAUCCAAUCCUUCAUGCCAAUCUGUGGUUUUCUAUGGACUUUCAAUAAACAAUCAAUUACAACUGUGAUAUGCCACUCCUUGAAAGAAUCACUGGUCUGAUAACUUUACCUUAUCUAAAUUAUUAUCUAAAUUAUUAGAUAUCAAAUCAAAUUGCAUUGGUCACAUACACAUAAUUAGGUGAUGAUAUUGCGGAUGUAGUGAAAUGCUUGUAAAACAACAAACGUUCUGGGCUAAUAAUGUAAAAAAGAACACCCCAAAAAAACAAUAUACUGCAAAGUUACUUCGUGAACUAGAACCAGAGCUGCCAUUGUCUGUCGGCGCCAUCUUGCCUUUUACUAUUGCUAUCAUUAGUCUUUAUAUACACUGAGCUGAGGUGAAAACUAUUUAUAUUGUUACGGUAAACUUUGAGUCCACCUGCACACCCUUUAUGGAGCUACGUUUUUACCUCUGGUCAUGUUCAUCUGUAAAAUCUGCAUUUAUGUAUCGCCAUCUUGUGGAAAAAGAGUAUUCAUGCAGGAUAACAUUUAUUUUUCUUCUAUGUUCCAGUAGGUGGUGCUCUUGUGUCACUGAAUACAGAGGUCUUGUGAAAACCAUGGUGGAAACCUAUCGAACCUACUGAACAGAUAGUAUACUAAACAGCACAACAUUACGUUAAAAAUGUUACCUUAUCUUUCACCAUCCUCUCAGACAGUCAUCACCAGUUGACACCAUUUCUAUUCCACCCAAACACCUCCGUAUCCUGCAGUAUAGUAGACUUACAUCCGAGUCCCCUUUAAACUCCAACUCAACAUCCAGGUAACAAUGUUAAGGCCACUGGCUGCGAGGCCUGCUGAAAUGUGAGCCCAUGACUAUCUGCCUGUAUGUUUUAUUCAUCUCAUCCACAGAGUAGACACCUGACUCCACUGACCUGUCUGUCUCUCCCAGGGACGACUGGAGCACUGGAGCUGACGGCCUGGACAGAGGAACAGGUAAUGGUGAGAAAAGAUGUCAGAGCAAAGGCAACGUUCCCUGUCCACCUCAGGAGAGACCCUCUAUCUAGUCCUGGGCCUCGACAAGACUUCUACACCGGAUGACAUCAAGAAGUCCUACAGAAAACUUGCUUUGAAAUAUCAUCCAGACAAGAACCCAGAGAACCCGAACGCCACAGAUAAAUUCAAGGAGCUCAACAAUGCCCACUCCGUGCUGUCAGAUGCCUCCAAGAGGAACAUCUACGACAGCUAUGGCUCUCUCGGUCUGUACGUGGCACAGCAGUUUGGAGAGGAGAACGUCAAUGCUUAUUUCAUGCUCUCCAGUUGGUGGGCAAAGGGUCUGUUUGCGGUCUGCGGCGUGCUAACAGGCUGCUACUUCUGCUGCUGCCUGUGCUGCUGUUUCAACUGCUGCUGUGGGAAGUGUAAACCCAAAACUCCUGGAGAGGAGGACCCCGACACCUACGUGUCCCCUGAAGACCUGGAGGAGCAGAUCCGCACAGACAUGGAGACAGACGCUGACGACGUCCCCAUAAUACAGCAGCCAACCAAUGCAAGCGAGAGGACCGGGUUGAUUGGUGACGGACGACGGGCCUAUACCUAACACAACUAAGAAGAAAGACCGGAGGACUGGUGAUGUCAUAGGGAUUCCAGAACUGGCUUUAAAUACCUGUAUUUGAGGAUUUGUUAUUUGAAUACUUAUUUCGAUAUAUUUUAGUAUUUUCAAAUAAUGUGGCCCGAAUCACUUACAACUAAGUAUUUGAAAGUGUUUUCAAAUAAUUUCCUAUAAAUAGCCUACUAUUUAACUUGUUUCAAAAACUAUUUUCCAAUACAUUACAUUACAUUUACAUUUAAGUCAUUUAGCAGACGCUCUUAUCCAGAAUACCUGGGUUAAAUGCAUGGUAGUGUAUUUGAGUCAUUUGAGUCUGUAUUUUCAAAUACAUUCCAAUAUUCAACUACUUGUCUUUUCAAAUAAAACAUAUCUACUUACUUCCAAAUGUAUUUUAAAGUAAUUUAAAUACCCUAAAUAGUAUUUGAACCCAGGAUCUGAGGGGAUUCAUUCAUUGACCUGGUAGAUCCCAAAAGGGUUCCAAUUACAUUCCACCCCUUGACUACACUUUGUAAAUUCUGAAUGAGUGUUAGUUUGUGUGCAUUGUGGUUGUUUGUUAUUUAUUCUGAACAAAAUACAAAGUAUCCCUAGAAUUGUGCAUUUAAAAUUGUGUCUGUGAAAGAAUUGAGAGAUGUCAGUAUUUUGUCAUGUGAGCAAUAAAGACUGCCCUUUUUGAAAUGUUA